AUGUCUACUCUCAAAGUAACCAUCGACGCCUACGCUAUCCUGGCUGUUCCACGCGAUGCUAGCACUCAGGAAAUCAACGCUGCCUACAAGCGUUUGGCCCUGAAAGCCCAUCCUGACCAUGCUGGAAACACCGAGGCAGCGAAUGAGCAGUUCCGAGAGCUUAAGGAGGCUGUCGAGAUUCUUCGUGACCCCCAGAGCCGGGACCGGCUUGAUGCCCAGCUGAACGUACAAAGCAAGAGAGCGAGAGCUAGCGCUGCUGAAGAACAUACGGCUUCCCACUGGACCAGUGCGGGACGUAAUGAUACACGGCGGGGAAAGAGAGAGUGGCGCUCUGAGCGCCAAUCUGAUCACCAAUGGACCAACUACAGGGACAGCAACAACAAUUUCACGCAGUUUGAAUCGUACUUGCGCACCUACGGGGCCAGCUGUCACAUGGACCCUAAUUCGGCCGAAUCCAAGGCCAAGCGUGCGCAAUACAAAGCCGAGAAUGAGCAGUGGGCGAGGGAAUGGGCUGGCUUUGAUGAAGAAGUUGAAAAGGCUCGGGAAGAGCUUCGCAAGGAGAAGAUGCGUGCUCGCCACAAUGAAGACGUCCGGACUCGCAUGAUGCGCGAUAUCCAUAUCAUUAACAAGAUGGUGGAUAGACCUGAUCCCUUGUUUGAAGAUCUUGUGAGUCGGGUCGUAAGCAAUGGCAUUGACGAGAUUGAAGCCAACAAUGCCAAAAAUGCCCGUCGCGGUGGAGAUCACCGCCGUGAAGAGGCGUCGAGUACCUUCAAUCCAUCCGACAUGUCUGACGACUUUGCCUACGUUCCUGGAAGCAGCUGGUAUCCUGGUAAUAACCGCAUGCAUUAUUCUACUGCUCGCGGUGCCCCGUCCCCUCCUCGGAGCUCUACCAACUCUACAAGCUACUACUCAGCUGGCGAGUAUUCCCCAGCUAGCAAUGUCUCAUCUGAGCGCCAUGACUUUCCAACCGGCCGCAACUGGGGUGGCCACAGCUCUUCAGGCAGCUCCCCUACCAGCAGUACUUCGAGCAGGAGCUCGGCUCACUCGGAUGUUCCUCCAACAACCUUCUCGGCCACUAAUCCUCUCGGAAACAGUCCCGAGGCGUUCCGGGCUGCCUGCGAGAACAUCAGCUCUAUUGUCAAGGAUGUGAGAGCUGCUGUUCUGUAUCCGAAUAUCUCUCUGAACGUGGACCGCGAGUCGAUCCGUCCUCUGGUCCCUUACUUCAAUCAGAAGCUCGCCGAUCCACUUGGACGCUACACCAUGAAGGACUACGAGAGUGAGCUCAACGGAAUUAUGCUAGAGAUGUACUCUGGCUGGCUCAACGAUAUCCGCCUUUCAAUUCCGGGUGCCCGACCUAUUCCGGCGGUUCGACUCGAUCGGCGUGUGUGCCCCCACACUGGCAUCUGGAAGAAAGAGUUCUGUCGCCCGAUGUGCGAGGCCUGUGAGGCUUGGAUGCCUCUGUUCACACUAACUUGCCAAACUUGCCAUUUCAAAGCUUGCCUCAAAUGCAAGUACGAGGUGGACGCGCUUGCUUGCUUGCACACUGGCAUUUAA